AUGCCAUCUCUUCCAGCAAGGCUUGUUAAUGCCGGUAAUGCUUUUUUGUCAGAGGCCCACAGAAUAGGACCGUUCUCUCUUCAAAGUGAAGGCUCUCUUAACGAGUAUUCUCGAUUGAUCAGAGCGUCUCUAAACUGUUUCUUUGUCAUCUUGGAUCGCUACAGCAAGACGCUUAGUCCUGCAGCAGAAGCUCAGAUUUGCUAUCGUGUAAGUCAGAUCCUUUUCAAAGAGACGGCCAGCGUGGAGCUUGCCUCUGAAUACUGUCUGCGAGGUCUUAGACUCUGCGCAAGAACUGAAUCGUUGUAUCCUUUAGAGGUGCGUCUUCAGCUUCUUAAUUUUCAAACUCAGUACUAUUCCAGUGGACCCGGCGCCCGCAAGUCAGCGCUUUUGUAUCUCAAUACGCUAAUUUCUCUUGUUGCUCCUUCAUCUCCUAAUCUAAGUGUGUUUCUCAAUUUUACCAAGUAUAGAUACUUUGGUAUGACAUUUAGCAAUGAUCAAUGCUUGGAUAUGCUCAAGCAGAUGGCAGAUAAGUUGGAGAGUCAACUGGACUCUGGGAAUUUUGCUCUCUAUCAUCUGAUACGCGUGUGCGAGAUCCAGCGUAUGCUGUCUUUGAGCAGGCCCAGGGAAAAUGUCAAGUCUGUCUUCAAUAGUUUGGUAUACCAAGAAGAGAUUCAUAAGGAGUCUAUAGCGAAAUUGCCUGUUCAAUUAAGAGCGAUUACGCUUCUUUUGGAUCUUUUAAUAAGCGUUCAGGAAGACGAUUUUGAUGAGUCUAAGUUGAAAAUAUCCAGGAUAGACAGUUUCAUCAAACAGUGUAGGAAAGAAGGCUCUCAGUGGGGGUUGAAGUGUAAAUUUGAAAUCGAUUUGAUAUUUAAAUCUCCCUUUCAACGUGGAGAAGCGUCUUUACCUUUGGAAUUGAAUUGGUUGUCAUUCAGAGAAUUCACAUCAUUAGCCUACUUCUACUGUGGAAUUUCGUACCUAGUCAAGUCUUGGGAUGGUAAGCAUAGAACAGAGAAGUUGUUUGCCCAUUGUCACAAGGCCCUUGAUGCGGAGAGAAAGGAGUUUCAAUGGACAGUAUCCGCCAAUGAUUUGGAAAGUAAACAGCUAAGAAUGUGUUUCCUCUCGCUUCUUAUGAAUUCUUACGAAAUGCUGGCAUCACUAGGGACGAUGGAUUGCAGCGGUAUUAAUAAGGACCAGAUCUCUCUAUUCUCAACGCGUCCCGUCUUGGCCCAAUUUGUGGACGAUUACGACAAUUGCAGGUUCUCUUCACAAGAAUUGGUCAUAUACCAUCCACUUAUAUCCUUGCUAUUCUACAUCUGGGCCGUAUACUAUCAGAAAAACGGUAACUUUCAGCUGGCAAAGUAUUAUUACUUAAAAAUUCGCAAGCUGUACUCUCCUGUUCCUAAUGAACUUAGUAUGGAACAAUUUUUCAAUGAUCCCGUGUUCACAAGUUUUCUACAGUCAUCUCUAGGGCUUGAGGGAACUCUGUUUGAAGCUAAAGGUGUCCACGCACAACUUUAUUUGUUGAGUUCCAUCAACAUUCUUUCUUUAAACCUCUAUGAUAUUUACAGACUGAAGAUGAAAAAAGUUGAAGAAAAAGAUCUUUUUUACGUUGAAUACAUGAACAAUCUUAUGGAAUGUAUGAAACUGAAGGACUUGCUAAUUAGCGAGCUUUCCAACAUCUUUCCUUCGGCAGAAUCUGAUAAGCUGUUGAAAGUCACCAUUUUAUGCUUUCAAUAUGCCGCUGAGCCAACAAAUGGUAGUAUCAGAGAUGAUUUUAAAAAGAUACCCGAGGAAUUACUUAAUGCUGCAUGUUUCACAGCUCCACUAAUGUCCUCUAUGAUCUACUUCAUCCAGGGUAAGUGCUACACGAACGAGAAGACAAAGCCAGAGUUGGAGAAUUUAAACGCAAAGAUCCAGCUCUUUACCUCCUCUUUCCGUCAAGCACUCAAAUUAACACCGGAAGGAUCCGGCGUCAAUAUCAUUGGAUACUUGGCUUCGAAAGAAAUCUACUCAAUAAUGCAUGCUUACAGGAACUACUUCGACCAAACACAGGUGGAUAUAGUGAAGCAGAAUAUGUCUAGGAUGAAAAAUUUGAUUAAUUGA